CAUAAAGCAGAGCCCACCGUGCGCAACGGCCGCGUCUUUUGUCUCCGGCCAUGUUGAUCGGCGAGAAGGCCUGUGGUGCCCUCUGCAGUCCGCCGUGAGAACCCGAGAGUAAAGGACCUCCCAAGCCAAAUUUCACACAUCUUUUUCUUCAGGAUGUUUGCACGUGCGGCCUCUACACUGGUGCGUCAGGUGCCCCGAAUGGGUGCCAGAGCAUACUCUGAUGCACCCAUGGCCUUCACCUUUGCUUCACAGAACCAGGUGUUUUAUAACUCGGCAAAUAUUAGGCAAGUAGAUGUCCCCUCAUUUUCUGGAAGCUUUGGUAUCUUGCCUGCUCACGUACCAUCUCUGGCUGUGCUGAAGCCUGGAGUCAUGACAGUUUUCGAAGGUGAUGGCUCUGCCAAGAAAUUCUUUGUGAGCUCUGGGAUUGUCACCAUUAAUGAGGAUUCGUCAGUCCAGAUUUUGGCUGAGGAAGCAGCUGGUGUUGAGGAUCUUGAUCUUGCCUCCGCUCGUGACAUCCUCUCUAAGGCUCAGUCUGAAGCCAAUGCUGCUGCAACAGAAGAGGCAAAGGCUGCAGCUUUGAUUGCUGUUGAAGUUGCAGAAGAGCUUGUGAAGGCUGCUGAGUCUGGCUGAACAAUGCCUGCUGUACAAAGUUAAUUUACUGCUUGCGGACACCAGUGAAUGUUUUUUUUAAGAAGUAUAUUGUUAAAUGGGACACAUUUGUAGGAACAGAUAUAUAGUUAUUAAUUUUUGUGACUGCCAUACAACUAUAAAUAGUUCAUUCCCCAAGUAAACAUUUCACACAAUAUGCUUCCAGUGGAAGAACAGGACCUUAUCAAUUGUGCUAGGGUUGUAAAAUUUAUAUGUAAAUAAAUAAGUAAAUUAAA